AUCCCAGUUAGCAGUUGGGGUGUAUGAACCCGUGCUGUGGAUCUGUGAUUUCAAAAACAGUUACUGCAGAAUGGCUUUUAAUCCAAAUUUUAACGACAUAGGGAAAAAUUUUGCGCAAGUUUACUACCAAACGUUCGACACCAACCGAGCAAAUUUGGCAUCUUUAUAUGAAAGCCAGUCUAUGUUGACUUUUGAAGGAGAUCAAUUUCAAGGAAGAGAACCUAUUAUGAAGAAACUUACAGGACUACCAUUUACCACUGUUAAACAUGUGAUAACCACUAUUGAUUGUCAGCCAAGUACAGAUAAUGGAGUUGUAGUGUUUGUUGUCGGACAACUCAAGACAGAUGAUGACCCUCCACAUGGCUUCAGCCAAUGUUUCCACUUGAAGCCAGGGAGUACAAAUUAUUUUGUUCUUCAUGACAUGUUUAGACUAACCCUGCAUCAUGGGUGAAAAGGAUAACACUCAACAAAUAUGAAGAUCAUUGUUGUUCUCAGUGCAUGUAAAUGGAUGUGGUGGUGUGUGACCUAGUAAUAAUAUGCAAAAAGCAAUCGAGGAUAUGCAGUUUUGUGGAAAAACCAAAGUAAAUGCCUGUCCAGUACUACUCUGUAACUUAAAACGGUAGAGUUUUAAAUGCAGCUUUUACUUGGUUGUUGACAAACCAGGCAAUAACUAUUCUCUAAAGUCUUGGAUAAUAAAUUAUUUUUUUGCAGGUUCAUUUACUAUUCUUUAACAAAAAAAAGUUACUUGCUAAUUCCACAUUGAUGGCAUAGUUUCUGAUGGAAUGGCCAAUAUUUUAGGAGUGCUAAUAGACAACCAUUGUACUGCAGAGAACUUGCAGUUACUGCAUGCACCACUUGCAAGUUUCAUAAUCCUUGAAAAAUAUGCAAGUUGAAAUGAUUCUUCAGGUUUCUUAUUAACCAUCUUUUUAGAUAUUACUUACAGGAGCAAAGCCACCUUUUUACUUUGAAGUCUUGUGUUAUAACAGUGAAGCAGGUGGAGAAAGAACUAUAGGCUGGCUAUGUCCCUUCCUUAGGUAUUAUUUAGGUUUGGAUUCAAAGUGUUCUUUUAAAAUAAAGUUUUAGCAAAGAGCUUGUUUCCCA